AAUUUCCAAAUAUAUUAUUUGAGUGAUAUGCAAAAUUGUAAACUAGAAUUUCGUUUUCUUUGAAAGUUGGAAUACCAAAUGAUUUGAUUUUGUUUAAAUAUUGCAUCAAGUUUAUAAAAUUCUUAGGUACUUGCUGAAAGAACAGGCAAAUAAGGAACCUUCAUAAUAAAUUCAAGGUAAUUAUAACUGUAAACAUCAGCUCUUUUAUUUGACCAAGAUGACUUUAUUAUGUUUAAAACUUAUCCUUAUCUUUGUAUGUAUUAAAUGUACCAGUACCAUGGCACUCGAUUUUAAAACAGUACCAGUAGAAAAGAAGGCUCUAUAUGUACCAUCUUUAGAAGAAGUAGCUGAAGUUUUUAGGUCAACUUUGCCUGAUAACUAUGCUGAAGUGUCUGUUGAUGUAGUAGACUCCCCUGACCUAACACAAAAGCCAUUUCUUUUGGCCAAUAAGGGACUCAAUGGAAAUCCAAAGGUAAUUGAAAUUGGGGGACCUCCAUACCUGCUGCCUUUAGUUCAACGAGAUAAGGUUUAUGACCUAAAAGACGUAGCAAAUUUAGUUCAUUCUGAUCCUGCUUUCUUGAUAGGUGCUGGGGCAGGACCCCACCCUUAUAUCGGAGUCAACUGUGAGGGUGUCAUUAAUGUUAACAUAGCCAAUGGUACUGUGGAUCAACACACGCGCGUAUCAAAAGUGAAUGGUACCGAUGAACACAUGGUUGUGCAAGUUCUACCAAAUAACGAAACAAGAAUAGCUCUACUUGGAAAUAUAUUUAUUUCCGAAGGCCGGCCAGGAAAAGUAAUUAAGGUUCACGUCAAAAAGCGUACAGGGAAUAAAAAUUUUAUCGAAGCCCUUAGAAAUGGAAUAGAGAAUAAGUAUGGAGACAAACAGCUGGUAGGAAUUGGUGGUGUGUUCCUUAUAGCCAAUGGUAAAGUUAAGCAACAUGUUAUGAGGGAUUUCUCCAAACUGCCUAUCACAAGUGACGAAGGAGUUACUGACUGGCUUAAAUUUUAUGAAAUGUCAGCUCCCCUAACUGCUGUUGGCACUUUCACUAGCAAUGGAGGUGGUGACCUUGAUUUGAGAGUUCAGCAUUUUCAUAGCUUUAGUACUCAUGGAGAAGCAGGGCACUACCAUUAUGACACCACUCCUGAUACAGUGGAAUAUUUGGGUUACUUCAAUAUAGGCCAUGAAAUCAUCAGAAUUGACAAGCCCACUGAAACACAUCAAGUUGGAAGAGACUAAAAAAUUCCUACAUUUAUUUAGUUUUGAUUGUUUAAAAAUAAAAACAAAAUACAACUGGUUGUGUUAAUAAACUUAAGAGUUAUUAGCAUUA